AUGGCGGGGAAGAUGCGAUGCGGCUUGCAGUUGCUUGAACCAUGGACUCAGCGCACCAUCGCCUCCACAACAACUCGUCCCACGGCAUGCCGAGUGCCGCUCCCAUCGCAGCCGGGAAAGGGAUUCAGGCAAGCACGUAGUGGCAGAAGGACCUAUUCAUCAUCCAAAGCCACCGCAGCAGAGCUACAAGCAAGACCUCAUCUUCCCAUAUGGACGACAAGCAGGGUGUUGCUCCUCGCCGGUGCACUGGCUUCGAUCGGCUAUGUGGUCGGCGUGAACGAUGCGGGCAGCCACGUCGACGAGCUGCAUCCUCGCCAGCCCAGACUUCCCAAAUAUGCGUCAAAAAAGGAAAUGGACAAGGCGAUCGAUGAGCUUCGUCAACUUUUCGGUGAAGACGCCAUCAGCACCGACGACGAAACCCUCCAAGCCCACGGUUACUCGGAGUGGUCGUCGAUCAACAUCGACCAACUACCAGUGGCAGUGGCAUAUCCCAAGAGCACCGAAGAAGUGUCCCAGAUCGCCAAAGUCGCAUGCAAGUACAAAAUCCCCAUGAUCCCCUAUUCCGGCGGCUCGUCCCUGGAAGCCAACUUCUCGGCUCCCUUCGGCGGCAUCAGCAUCGACUUUGCGUUCAUGGACCAGAUCCUGGCCGUGCACGACGACGACAUGGAUGUGGUGGUGCAGCCGGCGGUGUCGUGGAUGGACUUGAACCAGAAGCUGCAGUCCAGAGGCCUAUUCUUUCCCGUGGAUCCUGGCCCAUCGGCCAAAAUCGGCGGUAUGGUCGGCACGUCGUGUAGCGGGACCAACGCCUUUCGCUACGGCACGAUGAAGGACUGGGUAAUCAAUCUCACCGUGGUGCUGCCGGACGGCCGGAUCAUCAAGACCAGACGGAGACCUCGCAAGACCUCUGCCGGCUAUAACCUCACCGGCCUCUUUGUCGGCGCCGAAGGCACUCUGGGGAUUGUGACUGAAGCCACUCUCAAGCUGGCCGUCGUCCCUCCCGAAACCAAGGUCGCGGUCGUGACGUUCCCGACCAUUCGAGACGCGGCCGCCGCCGCCAUGCAGGUGAUCCGCUCCGGCGUCCCCGUAGCGGCGAUGGAGAUCAUGGACGAUGUGCAAAUGUCGGUUGUCAACAGGGCCGGAGGAACCAACAGGACUUGGAAGGAGGUGCCCACGCUCUUCUUCAAGUUUGCCGGCACCCCGGCCAGUGUACAGGACAACAUCAAGAUGACCACUCGCAUCGUCAAGAACAACCAAGCCAAAGACUUCAUCUACGCAAAAGACGACGUCGAGGCCCACGAUCUGUGGAAGGCCCGCAAAGAAGCCUUGUGGAGCAUGUUGUCCUUGCGCCGCCCAGGUGAUGAAGUAUGGUCUACCGACGUGGCUGUCCCUAUCUCAAGACUGCCAGAUAUUGUUGAUAAAACGAAAGAGGAACUCGACGACCUCGGUCUUUUCGCCAGCGUCCUUGGCCACAUCGGCGACGGCAACUUCCACACCUCGAUCAUGUACAACCGCAAAGACCCUGUCGAGAGAGAACGCGUGGAGCAUGUCGUGCAUAACAUGGUCCAUCGGGCUUUGGAAAUGGAAGGCACCUGCACCGGCGAACACGGCGUCGGCCUAGGCAAGAAGGAAAGCCUCGUCGAAGAAUUGGGCCUCGACACCAUCGGCGUCAUGCAGACUCUCAAGCGCAGCCUGGAUCCGCACUGGUUGAUGAACCCGGGCAAAAUCUUUGAAGCCGUCAAUGCCGACAAGACGAAAAAUCAACCCCAAGCCACGGCGGCGUCGACGCUCGACAGACCGAGCAACAAACAAUAA